CUGCCUCCUCCUAUCCUCUCACAGCCUGUCGAGCCAGAAUUAUUAAACCCAUGAUUCUCUGAUUCCUUCUUUUUAAUUAGAGGUGAUAGCUUUCUUGUUUACAAGUAAACAAUGGAAUGGUAUUGACCUGCCAAGAGAUUUUCUGCUGUCUCUGAGCUUUCUUUCUCAAACUCCAUCAUCAUCAUCAUCAGGUGCCCUUCAUGCACUUCUUGGAAUAAUCCGUCCUUGUCUCACUUCUGAUUCUUGCACAACCCUCUCAGAGCCCUGUUUUCCCUUCUCUCUCUCUCUCUCUCUCCCUCUCUCCCUCUCUAUGUAUAUAUAAGUUUGGUUCUGUUAACAACACUCUGACUUAUGGGUAAAAGAACUACCUUGAAAGAGGAAGAUGUUCCAUGAGCUUCAUCUCAGAAACCUGCAAUUUUGGUGCUUCUUAUUUCAGGCAUGGGGACCAAAGUUGAAUAUUCCAUAAAUCUUCUAGCAGCAACCUCAGUAGACAGCAACAAUUUGACUGUGAAGAGUGUGGAUGUGUGGGAAAAUUCUCAGAACAAAAGGCUGACCAGCAAUAAGGGUGACCAAGUUGGAACCAGAAACUUGCAAUUUUCCAUGGAAAAAAUGGUUGACAGAAACAACGUAGAAUUCAUCAGAAAGACAAUGCAGGUGCAUGAGGAAAUCUUCAAACAACAGGUUGAGGAACUACAUAGAGUAUACAGAGUGCAAAAGUUGCUGAUGGAUGAUCUAAAGAAGGAAAUCAAACAGAAGAAACUAUGGAACCCCAUAAAGGAAGAAGAUAUGAGGCAACCUCAACUAACAAAAAAUCCAAAUUUGGCUACAGAUUUGCAAGCUCAGAAUUUGAGAGAUGAUUUAUGCUCAAGGGACAAGAGUACUGGAAGCUGCUCUGCCAUAGUCACCAAAAGUCCACGAGGCUUUGAUCUGGAAAUGCCUGCAGCCGAAGAAGGCACAUUAACAGGAGAAUGUGGGUUGGACGAAGGAGAAGCAGCAGGGCCUAGCUCCUACACUGCAAUUCAGAGUGGUUCUGAUGAAGAAAUAGAAUUGGACUUGACACUAAGUAUAGGAGGAAGAAGCAAAGAGGUUAAGAUGAAGAAUAAGAAGAAUGCAAAACCUCAUGUGCUUGAGUUAACCAGGAAGAUGAAUUUAUGUAGCUCUUUUAAAUCAGAUAGAGUAGGAGAAUGCAGUGACCCCACCACCCCAAUGAGCAGCUCUAGUGUCACAUUUGAACAGGAAAGAAAGGUCUCACAUUGGCUUCUUCAUCAAGGUUUAAAGCUUACAUAGGAGUUUAAAUUUAACUUUAAUGGUCUCUUUUUUCUGUCCUUUCUACACUUCAUGGACUGCUGAUUUUAUAUGGUUCGUGAAUUCUGUUCCCUAGAUCACUUCUUAUUUUAUAUGAAUAAAUGGACUUUGUAUAUCA